CCUAAAGAAGCCAAAUACUUCUUAACUACAACAGCAAGAGAAAGCUUCCCCUGUUUCUCUUCAUUUCAUUGAUCAACUUUAGAGAGAGAGAGAGGGAGAGAGAGGUUUUCACGAAGCAAAACAGUCAUGUCUCUGGGUUAUGCAGAGAAGCUUUCCUACAUAGAAGAUGUUGGAAAAGUUGGAAUGUCAGAGAUUUUCGACCCACCUCCCGUUUUGCAAGAAAAAAUUGAAAAACUUGCCAUAAUGAUAGAGAAGAGUAAGCAUCUAGUGGUGUUCACUGGAGCGGGGAUAUCAACCUCUUGUGGUAUACCUGACUUUCGCGGUCCCAAGGGUAUUUGGACCCUUCAGCGAGAAGGCAAAUCAUUGCCUGAAACGCCUUUGCCAUUUCAUCGUGCAAUGCCGAGCAUGACUCAUAUGGCUUUGGUUGAACUAGAGAGGGUUGGUAUCCUAAAGUUUGUUAUUAGCCAGAAUAUUGAUGGCCUCCAUCUCCGGUCUGGAAUACCGAGGGAGAAACUUUCUGAACUGCAUGGGAACGCCUUCAUGGAAUUAUGCCCUUCCUGUGGAGUUGAGUAUUUUCGGGAUUUUGAGGUGGAAACUAUUGGACUGAAGGAGACACCACGUAGUUGUUCCAGUUAUGAUUGUGGUGCAAGACUUAAAGACACUGUUGUUGACUGGGAGGAUGCUUUACCACCAAAGGAGUUGAAUCCAGCAGAGAAACACUGCAAAGUGGCUGAUGUUGUGUUAUGCUUGGGGACAAGUUUGCAGAUAACUCCUGCAUGCAAUUUGCCUCUAAAAUCACUCCGUGGUGGGGGAAAGUUCGUUAUUGUGAAUCUUCAGGAAACUCCAAAGGACAAGAAAGCAAGUUUGGUGAUCCAUGGGCUCAUAGACAAGGUAAUUGCAAGAGUCAUGGACCUACUCAAUCUGCAGAUUCCUCCAUUUGUUAGAAUUGAUCUUCUCCAAAUCAUUUUUACUCAGACCGUGAGUUUAGAUAAAAGAUAUAUGAACUGGAACCUCAGGGUAGCAAGUGUGCAUGGGAAAAACGCUCCAUUGCUGUUCAUCAGCUCUAUUGAGGUUUCGUUCUCUGAAGGGCUAAACAUGAAAGAAGCGUUUCUACAUAAACAACCACUUCGGCUAAAAAGGAGAACACUGACGACGGCAAAACCAUUUGAUGUUCUUUUGAAACUCAACUUCAGUGACGGUUGUGGGUGUUCAUACACUCGAAUUAAGGUUCCGGUUGAUUUUCAGGUUUCAAUGGACUGCUGUAACUAUAACAAGGAUGCCACAUUCGAAAAAUUGAGAGAGAGAGCUAUCCGAGAUCUGCGCUGUGGGCGCAAUGCACUUAUCGAGAAACAAGUCAUUAUAACUCCUAAAAGCGAGACUAUGGUCUAUGCAACUGUAACCAACAUUCUUGUAUAUGAAAAAACUUCUAAAGCAUUGGAAGCUGCUUCUCAAAGUAAUGGUGGUCCAAAAAGGCUACAGAACGGUGUAAAUGGGAUCGAAACAUCUCAGAAGCGACAACGAAAAGGGCAUAAGCGUAAAGUAGACGCUAAACAAUGAAGUGAGUGUCAUUUCAGUUUUUGUGUAAAUACUGUCUACUAGAAAUGCAGGUACAGAAAUAUGUGUAUUGGUGAGGACUGACUGAAUUUUGUUAGAUAAUACACUCUUGUAUCUCCCCAGCUACAUUAGGAAAAUGGGAAUUUGGUUACCAACAACCCAACUUUUGUAAACUUUUGUAAGUUGAGAAAUCUGGAAAUUGUGUUUCACAAUGGCCAUUUUGUGAGAGUAUCUGGUUUUCUUUUCUCAACGAAUUGAGUUGUGUGCUCCUUUGAUUCUGAGAAUUUUAGGAAUGGCCGUGGUGGUGGCUGGUAACCAAGUUUGAGGGACCAAAGAAAAAUAUGAGAAAGAGGAAGGUUUUUUGGUUGAGAGGAGAAAGAAAUUGGUUGAAGUUGUCAGAGCUUCCCUGUCAUUUGUGCCCACUGUAAAAAACCCUAGAUCAAUAGGCCAUGGUAAAAAUACAAAAUUGAGGACC